AACUGCAUUAUCAUUUUUGCUCCAUGAAAUAAUCGUGUCUAUAUAUAUGGCGGCGUCUGAAUGAAGAACAAAGUUUGAGAAAAAAGAAAUUUAUUGACCGUACAACUACGUUUGAAUGUUGUCGUGAUAAUAAUUGGUUAAUUAGGCUAACAAAAUCGGCCGCGAAUAAUCAAAGAGUCAUUUGCAUUAAUGGUAAUGCAUGCUAGAAAACCUCAGCGUAUAAACGAUGGGUACUUUGAAAAGCAAGCCCAUCCUUAUCAGAGCUCCAAAUAUAGCUCGAAGCGUGAUUAUGAACGUGAUCCUGGAAGUAGAUCAACGAGUUAUCUGCGUGAUCGAGACCAAUCGCCCAGCAUUGGUGGACAAACAAAUCUGAACAAUGGCAACAGUUCGUACCGAUCGAAUUCACCGGACUUGGACUCGCCAAGGGACAGCAGAGAUCGAGACCGCAGUGGUGGAGAGCGUAGCGACCGUUACCAAAGUUCGAGUUACAUACAAAAAAUGAAAGAUAGAGAUCGGGACCGAGAUUAUAAGAAGGACAAGUACACAGAUAAACGUGAUAGACGUGGCGAAAGAGACGCUGAACAUCGUACUAAUCCUAAGAACCAUGAUCGGAUUCGUGACCACAGAGAUAAUGAUCGUGACCGGAACGACAGAGAAAGGGACCGAGGAGGUGGUGGCAGUGAUAGAGACAGAGACAGGGAACGGACAAGAAUUGGAGAUUGGAGUGAACAUGUUAGCUCGUCGGGCAAAAAGUAUUACUAUAAUUGUAAGACGGAGGUUUCUCAAUGGGAAAAACCAAAGGAAUGGCUGGACAAGGAACGAGGUUUAUCCAAGGAACGACAUAGAGAGUAUCGGGAAAAGGAACGAGACCGAGAGCGCGAUGAACGGUUUUCAAGAUCUUCUUAUGUAAAACAUUCCAGUUCUAGAAGUAGCUCACGCUUACAAUGGAUACAAGAUUCAGAUGGGCUGAAAAGCCGCCGACGGAAUGACGUUGAUAGUCAAGAUAUGGAUAUUAGUCCUGGUGAUUCGACGCCUACGUCUGAAGCUAGUUAUACACAUUCAAGCACACCGACAACUCAAAACAACGAAGGACCUCUCCUUCUGGCUAACGCCCUACCACGUCUCGCUUCACAUCCAUCAACAUCCACUCCAUCUCAAAUGCAUUUCUCAAAUUCAUCAUGCGCUGGCGAAGCAACGCCAACGUGUACUUUAGCCACCAGUUCUGUUGGAAAUUCAAUGAACCAACCGAUCUCUAAACUAGCCACCAAAUCAAGCGAUGGUUUAACACACAAUUUGCCAACAUCAUCACCAUCAACACAGACAAUGCCCGGCGUUGCCUUAACACAUUCAAUAUCCAAUACACAAGUACCAACACCUGCUGAACUAAUGAUGAAUUCGAAUGCUCCCGGUCCACCCGUGACAAUAGCAAAUCUACCGAAACUGCUGUCACAGAUCACCGGCAACAAAACAAUAGAUCAAAGUGACAUGAAUCCACAGAAAGCAUUACAAACAAUAAACAAUGCGCUGCGGCAGCAGCAACAUUCGGGCGGCAUGACCAGUGAAACAAAUCAAUUAGCAAAUAAUAAUUCAAAUUUGAGAGAUCACACAUUACACUCUCCAAUGUACAAUUUAUCGCAAAUGCACUCAAUGUCCAUUUUAAAUCAUUCGAAUAGCAGUCCCUAUGUAACAUCGAUCGGUGGCGGAGUUGUAACAACGCAAGUGACCGGUCUCGGUUUAGGUAUAUCGUCGCAAUUUUUAGCGGCUGGUCUCAAGGCUGAUGGUAGUUGUAAUAAUUGUUUAAUGGGUGAUGGCCCACCAACGCCCACACAGGAUAUGGAUUUAGGAGGAACAGAACAUCGGAAGUUGGAUGGAUCAGCUUCAAUAAGUAGUCUUCAAGGUGUUGUAGCAUCAACGCAAGCGUUGCGCAGUCAAGGACCUAGUUUAACUCCUAGUUUGGCAAAUUAUUUUAGAGCCGAUUUAAUAGCUCAUGUAACGAAUUGGCCUGCAGAUCUUCUGGAGAAACAGGCACAAAAGUUUUCGGAUGAGCCACAUAUAGUUGGAGACAUACAAUGUACUAAAGUGUCGGCUGACUUGAAAUGUGCUCGUAGUUUAGUUCGAAUAACUGAAAUAACAGCAACCCUACAAGAACAAAAAGUUAUGUAUUUACGACAACAAAUACGGCGAUUAGAAGAGCUCAAAUCGCAAAAUUCAUUCAUGUCUGAAGAUCUUUAGCGUAAACAAUAAAAAUUUAAACAGAGAGAAACAGCUGUAAAAUGUGCACUAUACAAAGAAGUUAUUUAAAAAAUUUAUUAGAAUUGACAACAAAAUGAUGACGGGAAGAAAUAGAAGACCGAAACUAACUAAGAAAAAAAUUCAAAUCACAAUUUGUAUGAAUGAAAAAAAAAACGGAAGAAACAUGAGAAAUUAAAUAAACAAUUUUUUUUUUUAAUUGAAAAGAAAAAAGCACUGACAACACUCUUAUAUGGUUCAAGAUUGGAAUAGUUUUUCAUUUUGUAAAAGAAUAUUUAAAAAUAUUUACAAUUGAAUUGACUGUGUAUGUGAUUCUAUAUAUUUAACAUAUUGAUUAUGGAAAACAAAACCCAGACCCAUUAACACCGAUUAAUGGGAAAGAAUGUUAACAAACAAAAAAAAUAAUCAUUUAAAAGUGGCAUGGAGUUUCGUAAUUGAAAUUAUUUUGUGACGAAGCAGAGAUGUGUGAAUUUAUUUAAAAAAAAACAUUUAAAUUUUUUUGGUAAAAAAUAACGGACACCGCAAACCAGAAUGGACAACACUAAAGUACAAAGUUAUUUUUACCAACAACACAAUAUUUUUCUCACCCCACCAAAAAGUAGUUUAUAUCAAAAUGUGUCAAUGAUUAUUAACUACAAAAACAGCAACAACAAUAAGAAAGGAAAGAAAACUGUAAACUAACAAAUUGACCAGUGCCGAUUAUAAGGAUUUGAUUUUAUGUUUUCCAGUGAAUAUUUGAAUGAAUCAAUCGUACACCGAGGUAAGUUUCACAUUGUAAUAAAUUACACAUCUCUGUUACUAGAUUCAAAUUUUUCUUUUUCUGAAUUUAUUUUUAUAUAUCGCACUAACCAUCGUCGAUGUACCAGAUUUUGUUUUUUUUAAAUUUAAUUAUUUUUUUUUAAAUUAUGUAUGUGUAUACCGAAUACCAAACUAUUCUCUUGAACUAUUUGAGUAAAAAAAAUGGAAAUAACUUUUAUUGUUUUUAUAUAUUAAAAUAAAUAGCGAAAUAAUGUUAACUUUAAUUUAAAUAAAAAGAAAUUGAAGAAAAAAUAAAUUUAAAACA